UCAAACAAAGAUGGCGGACGACAUGGAGGUUGAUAGAGAAGCAGCUAAAAAACCUGAAAAAAUGUUUACCCUAAAGAAGUGGAAUUUAGUUGCAAUGUGGAGUUGGGACGUAGAAUGUGAUACAUGUGCAAUUUGUCGGGUACAAGUGAUGGAUGCCUGUCUUCGAUGUCAAUCCGAGAAUAAACAAGAUGAUUGUGUUGUUGUAUGGGGCGAGUGCAACCAUUCAUUCCACCUGUGUUGUAUGACCUUGUGGGUUAAACAGAACAAGCGCUGUCCAUUAUGUCAACAGGACUGGGAGGUUCAGAGGAUCGGCAAAUAGAAUGCAUGGCUGCUAAAAUACGAAAGUGUGUUAAUAUUGUUUGUGGAGAACCUGAUCCAUCUGCAAAAGUGUUGAAAGAUGCUUCAAGGAUAAAUAUUGUGCAUCAAUAUUGAACAUUGAUCUUGACAUGGUUCAGAACAUAUUCAAAGAAGUUUAAGACUCUGAAUGCUUGAAGUAUUUCAAUAAUUUUACUAUAAGUUUGCUUUAUUCGUAGCAUUUUUCUGUGCAUAACCAAAGGAAUCUCGGUAACAUAGUAUACUAAGUUUCAACUUUCCCUUUUCAUGGAAGCUGAACCUUGUUAGUAACAACACAACCUUAAAAAUAUUUUUACAUUAGUUUAUUUUUUUCUGCAGAUAUGUUGUAAAUGACUUCAGAAAACACGGAAACACAAGCAUCUUUCAACUUUUUAAAAUCCUUUGCUUUGGUUUGCUUCUGGUUUUGAUCAAAAGAGGAACUCUCUCUAUACCAGCACAGAGCGGUUUGAGAGGUUCACUAUUUAUUUAUUUAUUUUAAAUGAAGUCUGGAUAGUAAUAUACUGAUAAGUGUUCCAGGUUUGUUUUUUUGUCUUGAUAUGGUUCUGUAAAGUAUAAAUGAAUGGAUUAUGUAAUUCUGUAGUCCAGUAACAGAGAAUCUUACCGACAAGAAUGACAACAUGAUAAACUUUGUGAUCAGACAUUGGUGGCAAAUCCAUGAAUGCUGAUUGGUUAUUUUGAUCAGAUUCCAGGAAAUUAAUACUUUAUCAGCUCCCCUCUUCAUUUUUGUAGAAUCAUCAAUUUUAUAACAGUAAGCAAAAAGUGGUUUACAAAUAAGCUUUCUCCAAACUUUAAUACAUGUACUAAAAUUUUACACUUGGUAGAUCACUUAUUUUAAGAUAAAUGCAUAUACAGUAUUACUUUUCUUCCCUAGUAUUAAACACAGGAGCUUGGCAUGAUUUUCCAAAUGAUAGUCCAUAUAUAUGUAAUAUAUACACUAUAAUACAGUUAAAGUGUCCUCGACACUAUAAUACAUAUAUAUAUAUGGACCAUCGUUUGAAAAAUCAAACCAGGCCCCUGUGGUAUUAAAUAACCAAUUCAACCUACCUAGAAUUUGCAUAUAAUUGAAAUUUGUCAACAGUUGACAUUUUAUCAUAUUUACUAUAUAGGUUAUGAUUCAAUUUAAAAUAUGGCUGAAAUAUUGAUAUAUAUACCUUGAUAGAUUAUAAAAAAAAGAUAUUUGUUCAGGUGACACUGAAAUGAAUUGUAUCUGAUUUUUGCCCCAUAAAAGUAUUGAAAUUUCAUACGGGCACUUUUAACAUACUACUUCCCUUGCUUGAUGAAACGUUUGAAAGUACUGGUGCCAUUAUGGAGGUUUCCGGUGGAAUUCUGAUGUCUUGGGAUUAAUAGUACUUUACACAUCAUUUCCUUAUGUGUGAUGUAGGAUCAAUCAUGAUACAAGCAACAGUUUAUGGUUUUAUACAUGUACAUUGUGAAAGUUCUUAUAAAUGAUUUAAAUGCUA